AGUUUCGCGCUGCCUCUCGUUCGAUUCGCAUGCUGGUCCAACUGAACUUCCCUGAGGUGCUCCAGCUCACGGUUCCGGGAGUUACUUCUCUUGUAUUUGUGUGUGACAUCCUCAGGCACGUCAUGCCAAUCACUGACCUGCCACUGGCAAAGUAAUUAAUUUAUCCCCCGGGGUGAUGUGACUCGGGUGUGUGUUUGUGGAAAUCUUGUCAAUCAGCCAAACAAAGCUCGCGAUUAAGGGGUGCUCAAAACAGUGUCGUUUUAUUCAGUGAAACACCCCAUAAGACUUAACUGGCUAAUAGCUAUACGAAGAGCAAAAAAAAAAACAUCGUGUCCGCUAAAUUGAAUAAAACUGUUGUGAAGAGAGAGAGAUUUAGCAAAUUUUCCAUAUAAAAUAGGUGUCUGUGUGAUUGAUUAGCGGCUACCACUAUACUACAAGUUAAAAGGCCAAAAUUUGUGGCAAUUUAAACAGUUUUUACGCACAUUUUGUGACUCAUCGUAUUAAUUGGAUUCAAAUUGGUCGUUCAUCAACAAACAAAUUUAAUUCAGAACUAACUACCCCAAUACACACAUUUCAUUUCUCUUGAGUGACUGAUUUUGAUGCAAAAGGCGCACGGGAAAUUAUUACAGCCUUCAAAAGAAUUCAUUGCAACAACUGUGACAGAGUGAAUUGAUGCGCUCCGGGCAUACGAAGUCCAUAAUUUUUGGACUUGUCCAUCGUGAAAAUUGCCGCACAUUCUCACUUGAUCUGUGACACGACAGUUUGACCGCAAGGCAAUCCAUUUUUAGUAACGUUGUCUGGAACUAUACACCGGGCUCAAGCACAAAGAGUGCGUUUCCAAGAGGUUUUGGUGCGUCAGAGAAGAAAAACUUGCAAGCAAGGGGGAUUGAGUCAGGAGAGAAUAAUACACAUGACCCUAUGGCCCUCACGGGGGAGUGACAAGUGGUGUCCGUAGGCAAGAGGACACACAGCCAGAGAGUGCAAAAACAAAGCCAGGAAUCUUUGGGCAUUGUCAUUUUGGGGUAGAAAUGAGGUCAUCAGUGGCAUAAAGUGAGGUGAUUUGUCGUCGUCAGAGGCACACAUUGCGUGGAGGGAUGAUGGCGUGCCCUGUGGCCGUCGCGUGGUACCCGGGGGCUGAGAGAUAAGAAUGGGUGACAAGGAGAGUGGCCGGUAUCACUGCUACGACCAAUACCCACCGCUCAAGCAGAAUAACACCCUGAAGCGCGAACCGCCGUCCUCACUAAAGGCGGGCACUUCGACGGGCAGCGGCGUCCCCAGUGGCGCAAUGUCUGGUGCCCCAAACAAGUCUCGCAAGUGCUGCUCGUGCUUAGGACCCAAAUCGGCACCCUUCUGGGUUGGCCUCCUCACCAAUCUCGGUAUCUGCACGCUGCUCUUUGCAUACACGCUGCUCGGCUCCUUCAUAUUUUUAGCCAUUGAGGGUGGAGCCUCGACGAUGCAGCAGAAAACUCUGGCGUCAACGAAUCGACAAAUGAAGCCAUCACCUACGCCGGUACGAAGCGAUAACGUCACAUUUUCCCCAGCUGCCAUUCAGGAUACCCUCGAGGCACGUCAGAGAGCCGUUGAAAAUAUCUGGGACAUCACAGUUUCCCUCAAUAUCUUGUAUCGUGAAAAUUGGACCAGACUGGCAGCCCUGGAAAUUGCCAGAUUCCAGGAGCAACUCAUUAAACGUCUCACGGAUGACAUUGCUGCCCAUGGUGGUCAACUUGGGGACUCCGGGAGUCCUGCCAUGGGGGCAGUAAUUGUUCAAUCCAGUCUCGGGCAGGAGUAUGAUUGGACUUUUGCCAGAGCUUUCCUAUACUCGCUCACGGUGCUUACAACAAUCGGCUACGGCACGAUUGCUCCGAAAACAACCCUUGGACGUAUUGUAACGCUCGCUUACGCAGUCCUUGGCAUCCCGCUGACUCUUGUUUACUUGUCAAGCACAGGAGGGGUCCUUGCACGCGUAGCUCGAGGAUUCUUUUCACGAGCUCUGUGUUGCUGCCUGUGCUCUAACUGUGGCUACUGUUGUUACGAUGAGAAGCGUAUGGCUGAGAAGGAGCGACGAAUGAAGAAGAAGCGCCAGCAGGAGGAACUCCGGACACAGCAAUUAGCCCUCCAGGAGCCCUACUACGUGCGCUCGGGUUCUCUGCACAACAAUCUCCAUUCACCAGAGAAGCAAAUUCAAUUCCCUGAAAUUGAUUCUCUGAGUGCUACAGAGUCCAAGGCAUCUAUGCAUGGACUCAGCUUACUCGCACCUAUCCUACUAUGCCUAAGCAUGAUGAUCAUCUACAUUGGACUGGGCGCUGUGGCGAUGUACCGUCUCGAGGGGUGGCCACUGCUCGAUGGGGUCUAUUUCUGUUUUAUGAGCUUGUCGACGAUCGGUUUUGGGGAUUUGGGGCGCAUCCGGAAGGAGUCAACGACAACAACGUGGUUCUGUUCCAUCUACAUCAUGUCGGGCAUGGCACUCACGGCCAUGUGUUUCAAUGUCCUCCACGAGGAAAUCAUCCAUAGGAUAAAGCAUGUAGUUGAGAUUAAGAAGCCCAACGAUGAUGCCGACUACGGGGCAUCCUGACGGUACGAGAAGAACACGAAUCUGUAUCAGCGAAAUCCCACCGAAGAGACACUCAUCACAGGUACACCAACAUCACUAAUCUUCGGUCAGGAACCAGACAUCAAUCAAAUGCACGUGCUAAAGGACUGCACAAAUCACAGUCUUGGGCAUGAGCUUGUACCAAUCGUCACAAUGGGAGAUGGUAUAGUUCUACCUGAAAUGGUGGAUAGUCUAUCGCAGAUGCAAGCGUGUUCACAACCACCACCGAGUCAAUCCCAGCCAGGCAACCUCACGGGUGUCUACACGCUCCCCGAGGAACCCGAACUGGAAGCUGAAGAGAACACCCCAAUGUGAGACUAAAAGAAUCCCCAUUUUUUACAUUAAUUUUGCAUUUAUUUCUAAAAUCAGGGAUUUUAAUUGCAGGACAGCACAUGAGUUUUCUCACUAAAAAACAAUCAUUUUUCAAAAGAAAUCCUUCUGACGAUCUUUAAUUGUUUAGCGGGUCAUUCAUUUAGGUGACACAUCACUUUUUGACUGAAUAACAUCUUGGGAUUUAUAUUAUGUGUAAAUAGAUAGCAAAAUGGAAUUAUAUAUAAAUAAUAAUAAAGUAAUGUUAAUGGUCAUGUUUUGUAAAUAUUUUAGCACAAAUUGCUGUUCAGUAUGAACAGAAUGAAAUAUCUACGAAAGUUUCAAAUGUAUACUCAAAGUGAAUUGACUUUAAAUGAGAGAAAAAUAUUCUUGGCAGAUGUAGAAAAUGCUUUAAGUCUUUCUUAGAUGGAUUUAUUAAUUUCUUUUUUUUUGUAGAUUAUGAAUUAUAAAUUUGAGAGAGAAGCAGAAUGUGCAGAAAAAUUAUCAAAAAAUAAUUUAAAUAUUUAUUGUGGUUUCAACUAGGUGGCGCUCUUAUACUCCUCUAUUUCUUUACUACAUCAUUUUGAUACACAACGUUACUUUUCCCCCCAUUUGCUCCUUUCUCUCCGCGAAGAUGCAAAAGGAAAUUUGAGAUGCAAGAUAAAUUUAAACGAAAGCAACAAGUUGUUGAGAAAUAUUGCCAAUAUAUUUAGUGAUCUAUGCGUGCAAGAGGUCGCGCAUUGGAUAAUUUUUCAAUAUGGUGAAAAAUUUUCCAUUUCCUCUCCUAAGUUUGGAAUUGAGAAGAGAAAAAGUGCUAAAAGAGAAAAAUGAGCCCCAGAAUGCAUGACGGAAAAAUGGAGCGCAAUUUUGAAUAAAGAUAACAGACCGGAAAAUGCUUUUCCCUUCGGAACAGCCCCUCCCAAACCCUUUUCCCAUGCGGAAUGGGGGGUAUGUCGAAUGAUCCUACAAACGGACUGCCAAAAAAGAGUGACUUUGGGCACAUUUUAAUCGGCGUAAUUAGCAUUUUUCGAGGAAGUCUGUAAUUAAUUUUUCAGUUCCAUUUCCGCUCAGUCACUUUGAGUCGAGCUAUAAGUGUAUUUGGAGGGGUGGGUGUGGCAUGUUAUGGGAACAUUGGGGAGGGCUCUGCAUGGAAAGGAGCAACCCCAGAUGACUUUUUAACUCUGUUAUGGGGACCUUUUGAACUCACAACAUUGCCCUCAAUCCCCCCUAAAGUUGUUCUAAUUCUGUUAUCACUUGAGAUUAGGCAACGAACACGGCAUAAACGACGAAAUUAAUUCAAUCAAGAUUGUACGACUGAAAGAGGGUAUCAGACACGGAAAAUUGAGAAAAAUUUAAAGGAAAUUUACAAAGAGGAUUAAAAAAAAAUGGGUGAGACAUCCUCUAGAGAAUUUAAUAAUGUUUAAAAAAAAUACCUACACCCAUGCGAAACAUCAAAAUUACUAUGUACUGUGUAAAUAAACUAUAUAACGAUUAAUUUGAAAUAAAAAAAACUUUUUGAUAUUUAUUUGUAUACUGAACAUGUGUGAAUAUUUCCGAAAAAAGGUCGUAUAAAAUAAAAUUUUAUUGCUAUCAAAUGGGAUAUUCGAAAUGAGAUUAAAAUAUAGAUAAAAGUUACACACCCACACACAAUAAAAUUGAUAUGGAAAUGACAUGAAAACUGAAAUAAAAACUAUUACAUAAAAAAAAAUAAUUAGAUUCAAAAUAUAGUAAGGAAAUAAAAUGAGAAAAAAAAAUAAAAUUGUGAUAAAGUCAUGCAA